AAGCUGUUCGAUAUGCAUUUCCUCUUUUGCAGAUGUUUGAGGCAGAGGAAGACAGUGCCAUCACAGAGAGCGAGCUGGCAGUUGUGCUAAAGACGGCUUUAGGAGUGACUCACCUCAACGUGUCCCGUCUGUUUACGGCCAUCGACGUCGAUGACACGGGGAAGAUUACAUUUGAUAAGUUCCGAGGUUUUGUGGAGGAGAACCCAGACUUUGCUGAUGACUAUCUUCACACUGGAAGUGUAGGUCCUCAGAGUGGACCUUGUCAGGAACACCACACCCAGACCAAUCCAUCGACUAUAAACCUGCAAGGCACUGCCAACAGCAAAACAGCCAAUGGUAUCUGUCCCGACUUCAGCCCUAAAGACCAGGACAGCUCAGUAGAUGCACUCAUAAAGAAACACAACUGAUAGAGUAGAGGGAGCAGGGCCUCUCCUGGUGAGAGGGAAUUCUGUAAGGGGCAAUAUUGGUUACCUUGUAGUAACUUUUUCACACAGUAAGAGACAACAUUUCAUUAAACGCAAACAUAAAAUGAAGUUUACCCUUUCUUAUUGGUGUUGUAUCCAUGAGGUUCUUUUCAUUUCAGCCUGUAAACAACCUUUUUUUUUCCCCAUAGGAAGAAUUGUCGUAAUGCCAAAUACUGGCUUUUUUUGGGAUACAAUGCUUAAAUACUUGAAGGGCAAGCACUUAUUAGGAUUCUUGUGGUCAAUUUUAAUUUAUUUUUACUUGUUCUCCCCUGCCGCUGCAUGUUUUUAACAUAAAUUUACCGAGACGCAAACAAUCCCUGGAUUGUAAAGAGAACACAAUUUUUUUGAAAUCUAUUUUUGUUUUGUUCUUGUAAUGUUUUGUCCAUUUCCUCUCUUUAAUGGUAGCUGCCUUUUGAACUUUUAAAUGAAAAUGCAGAAUAAAUGGGCUCAUGUUAUUUCUGUGAAGAAGGAAGGCCCGGAGGAACCGGUGAGGAAUGGCUGGAAGCACGAAACUUCAGCAGCCGUAUUUGAGGUUAUCUCGGGUCUCUGAACUUCAACAAUUAUAACUGCUAUGAGUGUGUGUGCGCUCGUAUGAAUGUGUGUGUGUGUGUGUGUAAACACAGUGAUAUGAUUUAGCUCAGGGUUCAGUGACAAAAAUGGAAAAAUUAACAAUGAUGUCAUGGUUUUUGACUAUUUUUAGGUUACAUGCAUGUAAACUGUUCUUCGCAACUGAUCUCUUGUGCUUGUCGCUUCAUAGUUUCAUACAGUUUUGGUUAUUUCAAUGUUUUGUUUCAUUUGAUAACACACAACUUGGACCAAAAUGCAUUGGGUGAAAAAAUUAAGCACCUUUUUUUUGUUUGUGUUUUUGUUUGCCUUUCAUGUAGGCAUGGGCCGGUAGGAGAUUCUCAAAAUAUACCAAAGUGACCACACUUUCCCUGUAUCACCAUAUUGAAAAGUUAAAAAGAAAAAAAAAUGAACUCAUCAAAUAGUUUUUGUUUUUUUGUUUUGAAAGCAUUUUAAGGAGAGGACUGUAUUACAUCCCCCGCCCCACAAAGCUGGAGGAAACUAUGGCUAACUACAACAAGUUUGAAUGCUAAGAGAUGUUUUCUUUCUCAUUCCGAAGCCAUAAUAUUUUAAGCAUUGGUAUAUCUUGAAACAUAGUAACCGGCACAUGCCUACCCACUCUUGUAACCGGUUAAAAGGGAUCAAAUUAUGGCAUCCGACCAGUGAAAGCAAACAAUCACCAAAAUUGUUGUCACUUUCUUCUCAGUGUUACAUUGUUAAAAGAAAACGUUGGAGCCACUUAUUGAUACAGUCACAAUUUUCUGAGUUCUUGUAAUUUUUUUUUAUUAUUUGCAGUCAAAAUUGGAAUGUUUAACCUUCCAGAAUAUCCACCAUGUUUCUGAUCUUCACAAAAGGAAAUAUUUUUAUUAUGCUCUAAGGUGGAUCCGAGAACUUGUACAUGUGACCACAAUAAAGAAGAGCCCACCUCUGUUAGCAUUUAAACCUCAUUCUGAAAAUGUACUUGUAGGUUGAGCAAACUGUCGUGCUAAAAUGCGUCAGUGAGCAGGGUUUAGUUUGAGUCCUGUACAUGUAUGAAAUAUAUUCAGAAUUAACCAGAAGUAAAGGGGAGCUACUUUUAAAAUUAAAACUAAAAAGAAGGAAGAUUCCAGACUUUUUUUUUUUCCAUCACAAAUUUAAGGAAGUUGUCGAUGAUCUCUAGGACUAGGUAGUCAUUUUUGUAGGGGUGCACUGAUUGCAGUGUUUUGGCCGAUUGCCAAUCUUUAAAAAGCCUGGCCUGCAGAAUCCAAUUUUGAUUGAUACCAAUUUUUCGUCAGAAUUGUUGCUAAAUAUAGCAAGAAAGCCACUGAGAUCGGCUUCACAUGAAAGUAUCAGACGAUCACCAAUCUCUCAAAAUUGAGGAAAUCUGCACCAAUAAAUCAGCUGACCGAUAAAUCGGGUCACCCCUACGUUUUUGCGGUUUUUUUUAGACUUAAAAUCUAACUAUUGGUUUAAUGAAGGUUUGUCUUAGUAACAUUAACAAAUGUUUGAAUUUCAAUUAUGCUGGUAUUUUAUGAAAAAAUUUAAAAUAUACACAGCUGCCAACUAAAUUUUUUAUCAAACUUUGUUUACCUCCUUCAGAUUAUGCGAAUGAUGCUCACUUCUUAAUCAUUUUCUGACAAAUUUGGUUUUCUUUGUUCUACAGAAACGCUCAGUGUAACAACUUGUGUUUCUACUUCUCUUAAACUUUACCCUUCUUUACUUUCUGUCAUUUAUCAUCUAACAGAUCAUAUUUAAAGAGAAUACCUCCCCUGAGAGAAUCAAGUGAUUCACUUUGCCGUCUGUGUUCACCAUCAUUUCCAAAACUGUAAAUUGUCAUGUUUCCAUUUCGUUCGUGACCUUGUAUCCUUUAUAUGUCCUCCUUUACGACUUUGAGUAAAGCAAUAUUCCUCAUAUGUUUAGCCUUCUCCAGAUGAAUGCUUUUUAAAAGUUCUAAUAUGUAUUUUGAAUAUUCCAGAUGCGGGACAUUUUGUGAAUUUUUGAUAUACGUAUAUGAAUGAUUAUUAUUCUUUUCACUGCCAUGACAAAGAUCUGUGAUCUUCUCUGCUUUGCAGUUUGUAUCGACCAUAACAAAUGAGCCACAUUUUUUGUUCUCCUUUUUUUUAAUAAUCUUAGUUAGUUUGUGCUUUAUUGCUCCUACACAGUGUAAAAUUUUAUUGCUAUAUUAUUACUGGUGUCGCCGAGUCGACUGCUUAGGAACAAAAUGCAGAUUUCAUAUGGAAACCUAUAGCCUUGAUAGCCUCUACAGAAUUUUUAUGCUAAAAAGAGAAUGUACAGACAAUCUUGUCACAAUCAGAAACUCUCUAUAGUGCUGAUCUCCCCAGUGGACAUUUUCCUAAGACGUCAUGGUUUUCCAGAAUUUGCUUUUAGUUUUUUUGUUUUUGUUUUUGUUUUUGUUUUGUUUGAGAUGUGCAGGUUGAACUAAGUGCGAGUGCAAUGAGUGGUAGAGCCCUGAGGUGAUGCGCCACCACAUGACGGGCCAGCGUCACACAAACACUCCAGACUGCACACGCAUACAAACUAUCAUUUCCUAUGAUUUAUGACAAUCUUAAAGCAUUGUCCUGCUGUUACUUUUUUCAGAAUUGUAUGAAUUUGUGCUUGCACUUUACAGUGCUUUUAUUUUUGUAAACAUAAGGUCAGAAAGCUCUGAAGCGCAGUAGGGUCAUAGUCUACAGUAUUUCAAUUCACUCUUCACUUCUUUCCUGUUUAAAGGGAGCGCAGAGAAAAUUGAGGAUUGUAUUUAGUUCAGUUUCAGUUCUUUCCCUAGCUCACCCUACUGUUCUUUGUCAGGAUUGUGGAAAUUAGUUGCCUAAAAUAAUUGUGUAAACUCAUACAAGUUGGCAGUCAGAAAAAAAAGAUUUGAAGGACUUGAUUAUGUUUACACCAUUAAAUGUUUCCUUAAAUAAUGCAAUUUAAAAGCACUCUGCUAUUAAUACAGAUGCUGCAUUUUUGGAAAAUGUUAUUGUAUUUGUAAACAAGCUGGAAAUCAGUGAAAUACAUUAAAACACAACAAAUUCUCAAAGUUUUGUCCCAGAAGGAAUAUGCUGUUUUGUUUGAUUUAAACAGAAUAUAUGAUUAUACAACCUCAGAUAUUCAAAACAAAACUUUUUUUUUUUUUUUUUUUGGUAUUUAAAAAGAGUAAUGUGUUGGGGCACAAUGAAUAUACAUUUCUUUUCAUUUAGUUUCCCUUGUUAUAAAUACCUCUGUAGAGAUUUAACAUGAAAUCUUCAUGUGAGGAAAAUGUAAAACCUGCAAGAGACAAACUUGUAUUUAUGCUAUUGCUGCCUGUCACAGUUUGUUCUGCAGUGAGCCUAAGACGAAAGACUGGUGUACUCUUACAGAGUGAUAUUGUCUUUCUGAUGGCUUAUUGUAAGUGAAUCACCUGAAAUAUUUUUUGAGGUUUUUUUUUCUUCGUCUAGUUUUAUUUCCAGUCUUUUUCUAUAUCAAACAAGUUUUAUUUUAUUACUGCAUUUUGAUGCUAAAGAGUCAUUACAAAAAAAGCUAUUUUGAAUCUGUUCAUGAUGGCUAUUAUGUAACUUGUCAAUGUGACUCUUGGAUGAAAUUAAAGACAAAGUGUUAAUAUGCA